UGUCCUCCAUCCUUUGGCCUUAUAUGAUGUCCUGGUCUUUCAAGGUGAAGUUCAUGAGGAUUGGCCUUUGGCCAAAGGUCUGAAGACGACUCCACUUCCUUCAAAAGUAAAGUGUCCACGGUCUUCCUGGCCAAUGAUUCUUCUACAGCAAGCAGGACUUCUUCCUCACCCUGAGAAGCCUUCAUCUCUUCCUAUGUCAGUGGCUACCAGGCCACGAGCCAACUCGCCGCUGUCCCCACCAAAAUCUGUCGGACUGGGGCCUUCCUUUCAUCACGCACAAGAGGAAGAGCUUGCAAAGGUGGUGGAGCAGGACCCUAUGCUGGAGGAACUAUGUAAGCCUCUGUGCUGUAAGCUUUGCAAUGUCACUCUGAAUUCAGCACAACAAGCUCAGGCUCAUUACCAGGGUAAAAACCACAGUAAGAAACUCCGAAACUACUAUGCUGCCAAUAGUUGUCCAGCACCUGCCAGAAUGAGUAGUGUGGUUGAGCCUGCCCCACCUCAGGUCGUCUCUCUUCCAGCUCAGAUGGGAACCAGUAAACCAGGUGGCCGAGUGAUCUUGGCCACAGAGAAUGAUUACUGCAAGCUUUGUGAUGCCUCGUUUAGUUCUCCAGCUGUGGCACAGGCUCACUACCAAGGGAAAAAUCAUGCCAAGCGGCUGCGUCUUGCAGAAGCACAGAAUAACUCAUUCUCGGAAGCCUCAGAACUAGGCAAACGGAGGACAAGGAAAGAAGGUAAUGAAUAUAAGAUGAUGCAGAACAGAAGAAAUAUGUAUACAGUUCAAAACAACACAGGUCCCUACUUCAAUCCCCGCUCACGCCAGAGGAUUCCUCGGGAUCUGGCUAUGUGCGUCACCCCCAGCGGCCAGUUUUACUGCUCUAUGUGCAAUGCUGGGGCCAGUGAGGAGAUGGAGUUCAGACAGCACUUAGAAAGCAAACAGCAUAAGAGCAAGGUGUCCGAACAGCGGUAUAGGAAUGAGAUGGAGAACCUAGGCUAUGUACAAUGACACGCCACCCUUGGCAGUAGUUUGCAAAUAGAGCAGCUUGUCUCUCGCCUGCUGUUUGCCACAUGCCCUGCUUUGUGCUCCAUUUGAUAGGAGUAUGCUCUCGAGCUAUACAUGUAACACCUGCAAACUUAAUGGUAUGGUUAGUUUUUUUUCUAUCAUAGUUGGCAGGAUGAUGCUGUGCAGGACAUGAAGUGUUUUGAUGUUUGUUCGCUAGUUAUCUAAGGCUCUUCGUUGUAUCGAGUUGGGGGGACUCUCUUCUCCUCAGCCUUCUGCAUGAAUAUGCAAAGCUCAAGAAGUGCUGGCAACUUCUGUGAUUCUGCCACACAGGUGGACCUUGUGCAAAGCCCACUCCUCCCUUGGCACACUAGAGAGCAGCGCUCCUGAAUGUCUCAAUAGAGCAACGUGAAUCUCUGGGCAGCUUGGAAGAGAAGGACAGGAAUGGGGCCUGUGAAUGUGUGUUUAGAUGAUUUACUUGUCCGCAAAUUGCUGCUGUGGCCCCUAUUAGAGCCCACAGGAAGUUCUUUCCACAUCCCUGUAGAUAGACUAUGCACACCUCUCGUCCUUAUCUCCUUCUCCUUCCUCUGUGAUGAAGAUCUCAUUCUAAGAUCUGACAUUAGUUAUUAGCUGGUUAGCCGCAUCCAGAAAUAUUCUGUUCUACCAAACGGCUAACAAAGAGGAAAGAUUUUUCAGUACUGUAAUUGGCCUGGACACCUUAAUACACCAUGGGUGUAGUUCACCUCCCUCAGGAGAGCCUGUGUGGGUCACAGUGGUCUAAUGAAGUGAAUCGGAAAGCAAACCUACUCAGAGUGGGUGUGCGCUGCUCUGAUUCCGUGUUAGACUGUAUAGGAUGUAGGAUGGGUUGGGAGGAGCUGUCAGCUGUAGUUUCUUUGCAUACUGAUGUAGAAGAGGUCAGGUGUUGGUCUGUGGCCUGUAACUCGAUUGCUACAGAAGAGCAGGGCUGCCUGGGCCUUGGGGAGCAGAUAUCAGCUGUGUCCUGCUCCCAUGCCGUUCCCUGCAACUAAGCCCAAUGGGUGUUACAUAGGUGAGGUGAAAUAUUCCCUUGAACCUGAGCUACCAAUAGUGGAUGAAUUCUUUUUUUUUCUCCCCAUCUCAGACUGGGUUUUAAUUCUGUUCCUUGAUGUGAACCUCACUGUUUGAGGGACCACCUAAACUCCAAAGCUAGGCAGGAUGUAGGUUUCAGGUGUGGCAGUUGUUUGAGUAACAAUUUCUUGGCCAAGCGGAAGUACUCAUGAGACUUGUUAAGCAAAGCAAAUCUUUAAGUGUAGAGAAACCCUAAGGGUGUGCAUCUGUUUUGAUUUUCCUUAGAAGUAGUGGAAAGAGGAUAAAGAGCAGAAGUAGGGCUGCCAUUUAUUUUUCUACUCAUUUGGGUAGGUGUUAGGAGCUGUGAUUGGAAUCCAAUUCACAAUGUUUCUAAAACAUUGGCUCCAGCGGCAAGUGCAGCAUGUAGCUAUCCUCCUUUGGACCUGAUUGACCACUGUGCUGCUACAGCUCUACACUGGUAUAGCUUCCUUGACUUCAGUGGCAGGUGCAGAGAGGGGGUAAAGGAAGCUUCAUGGCUUGUCUCCCACUCCUCUUGAGGCAGUAGGUCGAAUUAGAUGCAAUUCAUUGAAUUCAAUAGCACUUUGCCAGGGGAAAGUUUACCCUAAUGUGUGAUGCUGAACGUAGCCCUUUUUUUUUUUUUCUUUCUUUUUUUCUCCUUUUUUUUUCUUGCCAUUCUGAUCCUGCCUCUUGCAUUUCAGAAGGCUUUUCUGCUUACAUUGAAAACAGAAAAAUGAAUAAACAAACAACAAAAAGGCUAGUUUUAAUUCAUAUUUCUAGUUCACCUCAGAAAGGCUUGUGACAUGCAGCUGCCUAAAACUAAAGGCUGUUCUUCACCAACGGAGUAUUGUAUCUCUAGCUACCUGAGCAUCAGCUGGCCUUGCAGCCUUAACUUGGCCCUCCGAAAGCCAGGGAGCGUGAGCUCUUCCACAGUAGUCAAAAGCAACCUCCUGCAUCAUUCCGUGCUGAUCCCUGCCCUGCAGAUACAGGCAGGGCAGCGGGCAUCCUCUUCAAUGAGAUUCCCUCCCCUUCUUUGUGCAAAGCCUGAUUCAAUAGACUUUGUGCAGUGGACCUCAUUUGAGGGUAGGAGAACAGGUGCCCAGGUUGCAGAGCACUAACUGAGCUAUUCUGACAGUUAUUUCUGCCCCUGGCCCGUUACCCUUAGGCUGCCUAGAAAAAGACUGCCCUUGCAACACCUUGUCAGCCUUUUAUUCCCCCCCUUCCCCCCCCCCAUCCUUUACAGUCAAAGAAGGGCUGCUUUACUCCUUCUGUUCUGUCUUUUGUAGUUCCUCUGAUGUGGCACCACUGUGCAGGGACAGAGGGAGCGGUGUGUUUCACCAGAGCGGUCCCUGCAUUGUGGUUAAACAUCCCUCUUGCUGUAACUUAAGGCAUGGUAUUUCCCACAGGCUGCAAUUAGUGGCAGAAAACUGGCUCUUUGUGAAGUAAGAGCUUGGGGACCUGUAGGUGCUGGCAUUGUCUAGCCUAUUGCUUCGAUCAGGAAGGCGUUUUUCUCUCCUUUCACAUGUCCCAGAAUCAGCAGUUAAUCCCCUUCCUUCAGUUGCUGCCUCUGCUCCUAGCUCAGCAAGCUGCUCCUGAUUUGGCCUUUCCAGUGGCUAUGUUCAUAUCCUCUGAAAGCAUGGCUGCUGCCGGUGUCAACUCGGUUUGUUCCGUGUGCCACGGCCUUCUGUCCACGCAGUCACCUGCCAGGGUGCCCCCUCUGCCACCAGCUGGUGCAAGCAGGCCACAGCGUGUUGGUGUGCUAAUGUGCUGCGCUUGUGGGCUGCUCUCUUCGUGGGUUUGAGUCAGGUGUCGAGGGAUGGCUUGAGCCUGCCCUGGGCAGGGGGGCAUCCAGCCAGUUUGUUGCCUUCACAAGAGUACAAGGAUUGAAUGGCGUCGUCCUGAGAUUUUCAGAGUGCUCCCAGGUAUAAAGUAGGGAGUGAGACUGAAGCAACAGAUUGCUGAAGCAGGAGUAAAGAUACUUACAGCUGGGAAAAGCAGCUGAGACCUGCUUUGCCCGAAAACUCUGUUGUAGCCCUUCCCUACGAGUGACCAAAGGUUGCCCCUCCCUCUUCAGUGUCACAUAACAUGAAGACAUGCCACCUCACUGGUAUCAUUAGGGUUAAGGCCAAUCCAAAAACAAACUCUUCAGCAAGAGAAGCAGGGCUAAUACUGAUUAUAUAUAUAUAUAUUUUUUAAUGGGAGUCACUGCCUAAAUUGGCGUUCAAAAUGCAUGUUGAAAACGCAUCCUGGCAUAACCUUACGUGAUAUAGCUGGACUGGGGAGAAAGCUGUGUAGCUGUAGUACCACUUUACAGACCCAAUUAAUCUUGCUCUUGAGUAAAAUGAAAUACUGAACCCGAGAAAUAGGACUUUUGUGAAGCUCUCACAUUGGCCAGUAGGUUGAUGACCUUUGCUGCUAGAAACAAAAUAUAAAUCAGUGUGUUCAUAUUUAUUUUACUGUGCUGACCACUAAUUGACUUGUGAAUAUUUAAGGCAUUAUUCUAUAGGUUGUUUUUGUUUAAAUAGAAAACUCUACAUGGCACUUUGCUUUUGGAUCAAAACAGAUAUUUAUUAUGUUUGUGAAAAUGUUUCUCUGCCCUAUAUAUGUAUUGUUUUUUCUUCCUUGAUGAGAAAAAAACCCCCGGCAACCAGUGAAUCUUGUUUGUUUGUUUGUUUCCAUACUAAACAAAAUUGGGAUUUCCUUAUAGCUCACUCUUAAAUGUCCAUUUUAACUUUUUUUCUCCAAUGAUUCCCACGGUAACGUUAAAAAUAUUGUCCCAAGACCCAUGAAUUCCAUACUUAAUUUAAGCAUUUAUUUGUAGGCAAGGAAGUAAACUGUGUGGAAUUCAAGUAUUUGUGAGGAGUUUGAGAAUGAUGAUACUAUUUUGUUUGUAUUAGGCAUUAGCUGUUAAUUUUGCAUUCUGCACUAAUGAGUAAAUGUGAGAUAAUCUUGCCUAACAUUGGUCUCUCUGACUUUGUGCUUUUUGGUGUACAUCAGAAGGAACCCUGAAAACUUCUGUGGAGUUGCUUAGGAUGGUCAUCAGUGUAACAAAAUGCAAUUUUUUUUAAUCUGUAAAGCUGCUUUUCUUUUUCCUUUUUUAUAUGCCCAUUAUCGGGCAUUAGAAGGGAAAGCUAUUUCUGUAAGCAUGGAUUCCUGUUUUGGCUUACUAAUGCAUGAAGUCCUUUUGCAACAUUGCUUAGGCAGUACUCUAACUGAUCAUUGGGAAUUUUGCCCAAGCCAGGAGUAAAUGAAACAGCCUAGCUAAACACGUUUGUUAGGCCCAGGCAAAGUACACUGCUAAAAUCUGUCUCUUACUCCUGUUGCGGUUACAACACUCUUAUAGUUUUGCUUUUUGAAGAAUGUUUAGCUUGUUCUGUAAGGAUUUGGUCCUGCUCCAGCUAAAAUAGUUUAAAUUUCAUCGUCUUUGGUUGACAAGCCUUGAAACCCUUCAGGAAUUUCAUACUGAUAUUUUCUCAUAUAUGCUUUUUUUUUUUUUUUUUUGCUUUUUUCUUUAUACCACUAUGUAUACAAGGAUGCUCUGGAUGAGAAGGAUAUGUGUUGCCAGUUAUGGAAAACCAAAUGUCAGGGUUUCCAAAAGGAAUGAUCUUGCCUGGCAAAGUCCAUAUAUCCCCAUGAUUAACAGAGACUGGAGAAGUAUAGACCUGGUUUCUGUGAAGUUAGUGACUAAGCUCCCAUUGUUUUGAGCUGGGCCAGCUUUGCCAUCUGCAUAACGUUGGAAGUGAAUAUAAAAAUCACUUUCAUACAAACAUGGUCGAGCAAUAGUGUUGGGCAUCUCUCCUUUAAAAGAUGUGUCACAAUUAAAAUAUGUAUCUUUUAAAUCUGAAGUAUUUGCAGGUAAAGGCAGGAGUGCAGAUUUAUUAAAAAAAGAGUGAAAAACUUCUAUAUUCACAUACUAUUUUAGGUCUGAUUUCUUUUUUCUGUGUUCUGUGGGGGGAAAGAAAGGACUCGAUUUAGUUUCCUUCUGCAUCUGCCCAGCAACAUCAUUUGUAAGAGCUUUGAAUGUAUUUCAUCUAGAGCCUUCUUGUCAGGUUGGUUUUGUACAUUUGUCCUUCUUUUCUUUAUGUUGUACUGAUCACCCAGGAGAAUAGUGGAUAGAAAUGAAUUUUUCUUCAGUAUAUAAUAAAUCAUCUUGCUUUUACCAUUG